CCUGCUCGAAUCAUUCCGUUAAGUUGGCUGCACCUAUAUUUCGAAUCAUUUGUCGACCAAUUAGUAGUUUGAAAUUAAUUUCAGUAAAACAGUGCAUACGAUAAAUACAGAUUGCCUGUUUGAAAUACUGUUAAAAAUACUAUAACAAAAAAUUCAUUUGUAAAUUUUUAUAUCAACAAAAUAUUUAUUGAAAUUGAGAAUGACAGUAAAUAUUGUUGAACGGGUGCAGGUAUUCCACUGUAAAUAAGUGUUGUUUAUUUUCGAUAAAAAUAUGUAUAAAACUUGCGACAAUUAUGAAGAUGAAUUUGAACCAAGAAUUAUUCCGAAACCAGCUUCUAAAUUCGAUUGUUUAACGUUACCAUCAGUUCCCGAAGUUUCUUUAAUAUUCGAUAAACCUGUAAGCUGUAAAACUGUGGAUCAAAAUGGUUUUUCUCCAUCUUACGCAGAAUCUAAAGAUUUGAGGCGUCAAAAUAAUGUCUCAUCUCCUUUAUACGAUAGUGGUUCUUAUGCAGCAUGGAAAGAGCAAAACUAUUCAGGGAAGCCAGUACCAUCUGUGCAGUUCAAUUGUGCAACUUCUCCAAAGGUACAACAUUGUCAGAAUUAUAAGACGAACUAUUAUCGCAAAGAAAGUGGCUUAGGAGAAUCUCAAGAAAGUAGUAGCAUUUCUAGAAGAGAUUUUAGGAGUAGUCCGAGGUAUAAAGAGAAAGAAAUUUAUAGAGAAAGCAAUAACGUACAUAAACGUAAUCAUAGAACGUGUGAAGAUAAUUUAGUACGAGUUCAACAAAAACAUAAUGAUAGCAAUAUUAAAACAAAACACAAGGACUCUGUAACAAAUGUGCCACAUGUUAUUAAGCCAUAUUUAAAUAGUUGUGAUAUCAAUGAGAAAGAACGUUCUCCAUUGGUAUAUGAAGGAAAAUUAGUAACUCAUAAUUUUGAACAACAGAAAGUAUCACUUACUGAUUCAUGCAACGAAGCUGCCGUACAAAAUUUUCCCAUGAAUUCAAAUGGUUUAAAAAGAAAUGAGUUUCCAUUACCACAUUAUGUGGGACAACAAUACCCUUACUUUAAUGCAAAUACAUAUCCCUUUCCGCAGCAUCAUCCUUGUUCUCCUCAUAAUAUCGAUAGUCAAGAAACAGUGAAAAAUUUAUUACAAAUUAUAAAUAGUCAGAAUGAGCAGAUCAAGUCUCUGCAAACACAAGUUGAUAGACUAUUGAAAAUGCAGGAAGAGAAUUUAAAAGAAAGGAAGAAUUGUUCUUGCUCCACUCAAAUACAACAGCAUGGUCAAUUAAUUAAGAAUAAUGAAACUAUUAGUUGCAAUAGAGUUCCACAAAAUUCCAAGCAACAGCUAUAUCAUUAUGAGCCAUCUAAAAGUAAAGAAACAGGUAAUUGUAAUGACACCGAAAAUGUUAAGCAGACUGAAUUGGUGUUAACGGAAACACAAUCGAGACAAGCUUUUAUGGAACAAAAAGUUUCUAUUGGUGUAAUGACUAGCUUUGAAUUUACUGUACAAAACAGUCCUUUCACUGUGGACAUCGAGGAUUAUGAAAAAAAUGAGGGCCAACAAGAAAAAGGAAAUUUAAAAUUGUGCAGUAGCCUACACGACACUGGUAUUGCUCAUGAACCACUAAGAAGAUAUAAGAAUUCUUUCAAUCGAAUACCUAGUGGGCAGUUAGAAAAUAUAGUUGAAGACUCUGAGAGUUAUAUGUCAUCUAGUCAACAGCAAAGUAGUAAUUUAAAUGCAAGUAUUUCUGUGAAAGAUUUAGAUAAACAGGCCUAUGCAGAUACUCGGAAAGAAAUAGGUAAUCAUAGAAUAGAAUCUCCUAAGUUAUGUAAAACUACAAGCACAAAAAUAAAUCAGACUGAAAAUGCACGGAGACAUUUCGAAAGAAAUAAUGAGGAAGAAACAAGGCAUUAUAAAACAUUAAGAAUACCAGAAUUACAAAAUAAGUUAGUAGAAUACGAUACAUUAGAAAAUGGCAAUCAUAAAACAAAUGUUUUUUCCGGUACAAAUCAAUGUAUCAAGUUGAAUACACAAAGAGAUAACGAUUCUGUAAAGACGAACAACUCCUCAAAUAAUAAAUCUGAAUAUUAUAAGAAUCAUCGAAAAGAAGGUGAGAUUGCUGCUAAACGUGGCAGUUGUAUCGAAGACAGUCUCAUCUUAAAUGGUGGAGAUUUAAGAAUAAAUGAAAGGCCGCCGACUCCAGAACCUAGCAUACAUGUUGAAAUGCAGGAAUAUUCCAGCGAUGAUGAUAGUGAAAGGAUUAAACGUAGUUCCAAAGUAGGAUGGACUUUUUACAAUAAUGUCCUAGGACAGGUGAAUCAAUUGUUGCAGAAUUCCUGUGUAAUAGAUGAUCAGCAACAAGAUUCGAGAAAAGUGAAUCAAAAUGAACGAGACGAGACCGAAAAUAGAGCAUUAGAUACCGUUAAAGUUGCUACGCUAGAACAACUAAAAAAACUUGGAAUUAGUAUAAGCGAAAAUCCAGAACAUAAAGAUACGAAUAACAGUAAAAAGAUGACCUUUGAUUCUUCAUAUUAUCCACGUUUGGAUUACCAAGCGAACAUGACCCAGGCUACAAGCGCUGUAAAUGAAACAAAUACAAGCAUGCAUAUGAAAGCGCUAGCUUUGAAAUAUUUAACUGAUGAUCAGCUUUCUGAAUUAGCCAUACAAAGACAAGGUUCAACAGCUGUAAAACAUCUUAUGGUUAGUAAUGUGCAAGGCACGAACAUGUCUUUUGCUACAAUGCGUUAUCUAGAAAGAUAUCAAUUACUUCCUGGGAAGAAUAAUGUUCAAACAGAAGCAGAUAUCGAUAAAGUACAUGUUGAGAUACCUCCAAACAUUGAUGUGAAAGUUGCCAAUACAAAAAAUAGUCCAGCAUUGCAAAGGUUUCCUUUUACUCAAACACCAAGAACGACUUGUCCUAGUAAGAUUCUCGAUAUUUCAACUUUAAAGCAACAACCUAAACUUUUAUAAAAAUCGACGAUGUCGACAUACUUGAAUUUAAAUUUAAUGUGCUUUAUAAUAUUUAAACCCUUAUUUGUUUUACUGCCAAAUUUUGAAUGUUUAUUAUACCGAAAUACUGUUUUUUAAUUUUUCUACUAUUAUUAUAUGACAACGUUAACAAUGCACUCCUCCAUAUUUAUUUAUAAGCAACCAAAGGAGUAAGAACGAAUAUCUUUCAAUUAGA